UUGAAACAAUCACAACUUUUUCAUUGUUUUACACAUCAAGAAGAAACCCAUCAACAUAUACACACACACCCACCUAUCUACAGGGACCGAAAGUAGACACAGAGAGAGAGCGAGCUUUUACUGCUUUGUAGAUUGGUUCAACAACAAGGAUAAUGGAGUCGGAGAAGGGAAUUCGGCCUCAUUGCUUGAUAUUGCCGUUUCCCAUACAGGGCCACAUCAAUCCGAUGCUCCAAUUCUCGAAGCGCUUGCAGAACAAGGGAGCCAAAGCCACGCUCGUCAUCACCCGCUUCGUCUUCUCCACGACCAUGCAAGACCUCACCGUCCCCUUCUCCAUCGCCACCAUAUCCGACGGCUUUGACGAGAGCGGCCCCACUCAGGCCAGGCCUGGCGAAUACUUGCCGCGCUUCCGGGAGGUCGGGUCGGCGACGCUGGCGGAGCUCGUGGAGAGCUGCCGGAGAUCCGGCCACCCAGUGGACUGCAUCGUUUACGAUCCCUUCAUGCCCUGGGCUCUCGACGUCGCCAAGAAGCUGGGGCUGGUCGGAACCGCCUUCUUCACUCAAUCCUGCGCCGUCAAUUUCGCGUACCACAGCUUUCACGCCGGAGAACUGAAGCUUCCCAUUUCACCUGGUUCCGAGUUUUUGGUCCCCGGAUUGCCGCCGCUUCGAGAUUCGGACUUGCCGAGUUUUAUAACCGGCGGCGAACCUUGCCGCCGGUAUCUCGAUGUGGUCGUGAAUCAAUUCUCGAACGUGAGCAAGGCAGAUUGGGUGCUCUGCAACACCUUCGACAAAUUGGAAGAAGAGGUCGUGGAUUCGAUGUCGAAGAUGAUGCCACUGAGGGUAAUUGGACCAACCGUGCCGUCCAUAUACUUGGACAAGCAGCUGCAAGAAGACAGAGACUAUGGGCUCAGCCUCUUCAAGCCCAACACCGAUGCCUGCAUGAAAUGGCUGGACGAGAGGCCAAACGGGUCGGUUGUCUACGUAUCCUUCGGCAGCAUGGCGGUGCUGGGAGCCGAGCAGAUGGAAGAGAUAGCGUGGGGCUUGAAGGCCAGCAAGAGCCACUUCUUGUGGGUGGUGAGGGCCACAGAACAGGCCAAGCUUCCGGGCAAGUUCGUGGAGGAGACAUCGAAGAUGGGGCUGAUGGUUCCGUGGUGCCCCCAGCUAGAAGUUCUGGCUCACAGGGCGGUAGGGUGUUUCGUGACGCAUUGCGGGUGGAACUCGACGCUGGAGGCGCUGAGCUUGGGGGUGCCAAUGGUGGCGGUGCCGCAGUGGUCGGAUCAGCCCACCAAUGCCAAGUGUGUGGCGGAGGUGUGGCGGGUGGGGCUGAGAGCUGCUCAAGAGGAAGAGAAGGUGGUGAGAAGAGGAGAGAUAGAGAGGUGCAUAAGGGAAAUCAUGGAGGGGGAGAAAGGGGAAGAAGCCAGAAGGAAUGCUGUUAAGUGGAGGGAAUUGGCUAUAGAAGCUGUAGAUGAAGCUGGAAGCUCUGAUAGAAACAUAGAAGAGUUCGUCUCUAGUUUAGUUCAGUAUUCUCUGGGUCAAUAUCAUGCAAAGGUUUGACAAAAUAUGUCUUUUGUCUCUUCAACAUGGAUAAUACAACUGCAUGUUUUCAAGAA